AUGGGCAUUUUCCCGUCGGAUUCCGAUAUCUCCCUGCCAUCAAAGGAUUCUGGGAUCUCUUUGGAUAGCAUCCGUUCCCCCCUCCACGAGAGAUCUACAGAAUGGCGUGCAAUGUGGAUUUCAAUCGGAAUGCAAUUUGUAGUUGGUGUUCAGAUAUCUGUAUACUACAUGUCUAUGUGGCCCUACCUGUCCGGGCUAGAUAAGACCGCUGAUAUGGAUUUUUUGGGAUGGGUUGUGGCGGCAUGCAAUAUUGGAUGUACUAUUUCGAAUCCCCUCUACGGACUAUGGAACCAAAAAACAAUGUCCUGCAAAUGGCCAACUAUAACUGGAUUCCUUAUCGCUGCAGUCGGUCAAGUCAUGUAUGGGGCCAUUAGUGAAGUACAGCAACACGGGAAAUGGUAUAUGUUGGCGGCACGUGUUGUGACUGGAUUGGGAGUUGGAAAUUUGGCGGCGUUGAGAGCUUAUGGAGCAACUGCGUCGACUCCAAAGGAUAGACUGAAAGCGAUAUCCUAUGGCACGGCUGGAUAUGUUUUUGGAAUUUCGUUUGGACCUGCUAUUUCGGCUUUCUUCACUCCCCUCGGAGAGACUGGCUUCAACAUUUGGAUUCUUAAAAUCGAUAUGUACACCACUGUAGCCUAUCUGAUGGCUUUCGUUUGUGUCCUUGCGUCAGUGCUCAUGUUGAUUUUCUUCCAAGAGGAUUACGCAGGAAUUAUUGAUAAAAAUCAGGAUGGUGAUGAGAAAUACCAAAACUACGUUGUCGUCCCGAAAUACGACUUGGUUCCAGCACUCAUCUGUAUUUAUUUGUAUAUGAUUGUCAGUAUGAUCGCCACGAAUAUUGAAGUAAUGUCGACGCCUCUAACUACCGUACUCUAUGACUGGAAGGAUUCCCAAGCGAUUUUUUACAAUGGAAUCAUUGAGUCGAUUACUUGUAUUGUAUCGGUGUUGAUUAACUUUGGAAUCGGAAAAUCGAGAAUUGGAAAGAUUGACAAAAGACUCCAAAUCCUCUUCGGACUGGGUGUAUUCGUCGCCUUCCACUUGGUCAACUACCCAUGGUGGUUCUAUUCCGGACCAUUGAACUUCUUGCCUCCAGGCUCCAACACGACCAUCGUCGGAGGCUGCCUUGACACCUACACCUGGUGCAGCUCAACGACUCGUGUCCCAAUGGCUCUCUACAUUUUCGCAUUCGUCUUCUUCUUUGGAAUCGCCUUCCCAUUCGUUGAGUCCCCUGCAGCCGCGCUUUAUUCAGAAGUCUUGGGUCCUAGGAAGCAAGGAAUGAUGCAAGGAUUAUUCAGUUUUGGUGGAAGUGUCACACCGUUUGUAGCCUCCAUUAUUAUCACAUUCCUAUUCCAACACACCGGCUACAAGUACGUCAUCAUUCUCCAAUCAUCCACAAUCUUCAUUGCAUUCGUCCUGAUGCUUGUAUUCUACAAACGAAUGGUCCCAUUGAAAUUGAAACCGAAGAAUGGAGAAUCCGCCGCUUACAAGAAUGGAGUAUUUUAUUCCAUGUAA